AACGACAGAAUAUGACGACCAAGGAACCUGCAUUUGGUCAAGCUAGCGGACCUAUAAAUCCGCCGGCCCGUUCCCUCUUCAGUCCUCACUCAUUUAGCUAGCUAGUGCAAACACGCACUCGAGCGACCACACCUGAGAAGUAUUAUCCAUGGCAGGAAGAUAUGAGCAGCAGUAUUAUAGCAAGGGAGGUUCUCCAACGUCCAAGUGGCGAACGCCGAUGCUAAAUCCGGAAUUGUUCAAGGAGAAGGAGGGGGGCGAGGGGUGGGUAAGCUGGGGUUUGGCAUUGGUGGGAGCUGGAUCAGCCAAGAAGAAGCCUGAGGUUCCUCUUCACGCCGACGGCAACCCGUUGAACUGGGCUAGGAGGUACCCUUAUGAUCCGCAGCACCCGCUCCAGCAGCGCCUCGGCAUCAGCAGCAGCACGGGCAGCUCAGCGCCUCAGCAGCACGGGCAGCCCAGCGCUGCUCACCAGACACCCACUUCAAGUGGGACCGGCUUCCUCAAUCAGCCGACGAUGAGCAACAAGACGGGAAAGACCAAGAUGUCGUGGAAAGACUAUAAAUACUAGCAAAAUGCCCACGCGUUGCAACGGGGGGUUUAGAACAGAUAGAUAUGUGUUCACAAUCCAAAAAAUAAUUUAAAUGUGUCGGAUCAAUUGUCAAGCUAUCUAUGCACUAGUAUCUACUGUUCAGCGAGGCCGGUGUGCAUUGUGUUUUCCUUCGGUUUCGUUCUCUAGUUCAUUGCUGGGAUCACGGGAUAGACAUAUAUUGUUCUCUGUAACUGGGGUAAUGCAAGCUGGAAGCAAAUGCUUUGCAAUUUUAUGCAGCACAAA